GCGGGCGUGUGUUGCGACGCGCACGGAAGCUGCUCCCGUGCACGCGCAUUAUCAUCCUCGCCUUCAUCAUCACUGGCGACGACGGGAGUGAAUUCGAACAUCACCGCAUGCUUUGACACGUUGUCGCUGAUACCGGUACGGAGGAGGGAACAUCGGCUGUCCGCCUGAGAGCGCUGACCCGCCCGCAGAAUGCCUUAAUCAACGCCGCAACGCCGUCACACGCUCGCCGCACCGAGUUCCCUUCGUGUUCUGCAAGUGGCCGGAACCGAACCCGCCCUGGCUGUCCAUGGCUAUUUUGCGAAGAUGGAGGUUUCUGCUGGUACUCAACGUGCUCGCGCUGGCCGGGAUCAUGACGCUGUGGAGCCGCUGCAGUAGCGCGCGCAAGCCUGUGGUCCGCGUGGCUACUCCGGACGCUCCAGACGCCGAGCGUACGAGGGCGAGUCGGGCCAACGGAACCGCCAGCCACCAAGUGCUGCUCGAUAGGCUCAGCUCGCUGGAGGACGUCGUUUACCGACAGUUAAACGGUCUGUCCAAAUCUUUGGGCCUUAUUGAGGGUUUCGGGGGCCGAAGAGCAGGUGACUUGGCCGCCACCCUUUCUCCGAAUGAGGAGAGCGAGAGCAAGUACCUGAGGGAAAAAUACGGCUACAACGCCUACCUGAGCAACACCAUCUCCCUGGACCGAACCAUCCCGGACUACAGACCCGACAGAUGUCAAAAUGUCAGUCAUCCCCAGGAUCUCCCCCAGAUGGCGCUGGUGUUUAUCUUUGUCAACGAGGCCCUGUCCGUCAUCCUGCGCUCGGUCCACUCGGCUGUCAAUCACACGCCGGCCCACCUACUCAAGGAAAUCAUCCUGGUGGAUGAUCACAGCGACGACGAGCAGCUGAAAGGACCUCUGGAGGACUACAUGAAGAAGCGCUACCCCGGUCUGGUCAAGAUCGUCAGAAACCACAAGAGGGAGGGUCUGAUCCGGGCCAGGAUUGAGGGCUGGAAGGCAGCUACUGCCGAGGUGACGGGAUUUUUUGAUGCCCACGCGGAGUUCACAUCCUUCUGGGCCGAGCCGGUUCUGACCCGAAUCAAGGAGGACCGCAGGAGGAUUAUACUGCCGUCCAUUGACAACAUCAACAAAGACACCUUCGAAGUGGAGCGCUAUCCGAACUCGGCCCACGGCUUCAAUUGGGAGCUGUGGUGCAUGUAUAUCAACCCACCAAAACAAUGGUGGGACGAUGGGGACCUCACGGCACCCAUUAGGAGCCCCGCCAUGAUUGGCUGCUCUUUUGUGGUCAAUCGGCUCUUCUUUGGCGAGAUUGGGCUGCUGGACCCCGGCAUGGAUGUCUAUGGGGGAGAGAACAUCGAACUGGGCAUCAGGGUGUGGAUGUGUGGGGGCAGCAUGGAGGUGUUGCCAUGCUCCCGCGUGGCUCACAUCGCCCGCAUGAAGAAGCCAUACAUAAGCGACAUCGCCUUCUAUAUGCGCCGCAACGCCCUGCGCGUGGCCGAGGUCUGGAUGGACCACUUCAAGUCCAACGUCUACCUGGCCUGGAACAUCCCCAUGGAGGAUCACGGCAUCGAUUUCGGAGACAUCUCCGAGAGGGUGGCGCUCAGGAAGAGUCUGCAGUGUAAAAAUUUCCAGUGGUACCUGGACAACAUUUACCCCGAGAUGAGGACGUAUAGCGACACGCUCUAUUAUGGCGAGCUGCGCAACUCCAAAGCGAGUCACCUGUGUUUGGACGACGGUAUGAAUGAGAACGACACAGCCACCCUAUACCCCUGCCAUGGGUUGGAUCCUCAGGAAGGACGUUACACCAAAGAUGGUCUUCUGUUCCUGGGCUCGCUGGGCAAAACCGGGGUCAGCACUCGCUGCGUGGCGGACGAUCCUGCCUCCGCGUUCCCGCAACUCAUAGACUGUGAGAAAGACAAAAACAAACAUCGCACCAAGUGGAUUUUCACUCAGGGUGAUUCUAUAGUAAACUCUGCCUCAGGCCGCUGCCUGGAGGUAGUGCCUACCAAAUUGAACUUCGGCCACCAGGUGGUGUUGAAGUCCUGCUCUGGACAGCGGUGGACCAUAAAGAACACCAUGAAGGAUGGUGCUGAAGUUCGGUUAGCGGGGCCAUUGUAG